UGUAUCCUGGACAAAAUAAGCUCUUCGUCAGUAUUACAGUUAUUCUGUAUUAACAGUUACUGAAUUCCACCUGUGACAGGUACAGCGUGGUUUUACAUGUGACGACUGAAACAAGGGUGACUUGGUAUACACACGUGUAUAUGUCAUUGAUGAUGGCGGAUUUAUUCAAGAAUGCGUUUAAAGGGAAUAGGAAACACAAGAACAAUACAUGUAUUCCACAGGGCAUACCGAACGUUGGAAAUACGUGUUAUAUCAACUCCGUAAUCCAGGUUUUAAAGUGGACUCCUGGUUUCCAGUCGAGACUUGACACAUGCCAAAAAGAGAGCCAGUUAGCCCUGGAUGUAGAAAAAAUAAUGAACGUUACUGAUAAAAGAAAACUGCGGUCUAUAUUAAAAUCUCUUGGGACAUCAAUCGGUCGGAAUACGCUUACGUCCGGGAACCAAGAGGACUGUUUUGAAUUGUAUAAUGCACUCACAGAAAAUCUCCACUCAAGCGACGACAAAUGUCCGGCGAAGCUGUUUGAGGGCAGUUUCCUGAUGACUUUCUCCUACGAAUCAUGCGGACAUAUUGAAAGACAACUACAAACAUUUACAAGUUUGUCAUUGCCCAUUAUGGAUACGAGGGAGGCAGAGAAAGGGAAUGAUGACUACGGAAUGAAAAAAAUGGAUUUCGCGGAAGAAAAGCAAGAGGUGAUAGAGAAAGGCGAGGAAGAAAAAAUUAAAGAAAGGAAAGGGAAAAUAGAAGACGAAGGAAAAGUGCAUGAAUUAGUCAAGGGAGUAGUGGGUAAGGAAGGAGGGGGAAAAGUAAAGAAUUUGACAGUGUUUAAGGAGGAGAAUGCAGAAAAUGAAAAAAUGGUAAUAAAGAAAGGGAAAGUAGAUCAGGAGAAAGGAAAUGUAGGGAAGGAGAAAACAGAAUUGGUGAAAGUUACGAAAGUGAAAGUAGAUAAUGGGGAAGACGCCAAUAAAGAUGUAGAGCGGGGACGAGAAAAAUGCGGACAAACUAAAGAAGGAAAAGGUAGAGAAAGUGGAGGAAGACAUUCGGAAAAAUAUGAAAGGUGUCGCAGAAAAGGAGAAAGACGAAGAAAAAAGAAAGGAAAUAAAAGAAGAAAAGGAGGUGACAGAUGCGAGGAAGGUGAAACAAUCGUUUGUAGACAAAGAGGAGAAUAAGGAUACUCGGGAAGAGAAUAGAUUGGAAGAAGGGCUGAAGAUGAACGAAUAUGAGGAAGUAAAAAAAGAAGAUAAGAAGGAAAAGAGAAGUGGUGAUGGUAGUGAAGAAUCAGAUAACGUAAAGAUAAUGGAGGUAGUGAAGGAGGAGGAAAUGAAACAGAUGAGGAGAAAGACGUCGUAAGAGGUAAUAACGACGAAGAAGUGAACGAAGUUGAAAAAGAAGCGUCGAAGGAAACAAAGACAAAGACAGUAAGCAAAGAGAAGAUAAAUGAAAUGAAGGGACGCGAGAAUGAUACAAAAGAAGACAACAAAAGAAAAGAAGAAAAUAAGGACGAACAUUUGAAUACUUUUCUCAAACUACUGACAAUGCCAAUGGUACAAAAGGCAGCAACCAGCGAGAACGGCAUUGAGAAUGGGCUUGAAAGGUUAAUUGCUAACGAAUGGUACAAAGAGCAAACACUUCAAUGUAGGAUGUGCAAUCAGAUGACUGACUUAGGAUUGGAAGACAAUAUCAACGGAGAAACUACGAAACGGAUCAUAAUAGCUGACCCGCCUCCUGUAUUAGUACUGCAGCUAAACAGAGUUCGACAGGUUACUACAAGGAAUAAUAUGGUUAAACUAGAGAAGAUUUCGGACCUUGUCAGCUACCCUGAGACGCUAGACAUAUCCCCUUAUUCGUCCAAGUUUUGUACUGGAAAGAUCAAUGUUCAUUACCAGUUGUAUGCUGUGAUAGUACACAUAGGCACAUUGGGAAAGGGUCACUACAUAUCAUACAUUAAGGUGCCAGUCGACGGAAGUCUGCCAUCAGACAGAUUAUGUUCAAGUACGCAUAGACCGGAUGUAGAACGAUUGCUAGAUCAGUGCGAAAAAGAUCGUGAUCUUCAAACUAGUUAUAUCAAGAUGUCUCAAGAACAGAACAUUUUUCUUCCAAAUGAACCAGCCUCGUCAUCAACAUCAGACAAGUGGUUUAAAUUCAACGACAAGAAAGUGACGGAAUGUAAACAUCCCCCUUACGGAGAUAAUUCUCUGAGGGACGCAUAUAUGCUAUUCUACUGUGAAGUCUCAUUGUAACGUCCGUCACAAUUACAGCGUCAUUGAACCAAAACUGAUCCGGAGAAAACACAAAAACAUAAACAGUCAAUAGUACUAUAUUUAUUUGAAAUCACUGCUACAUCAUAUGUAUUGUAUACCACAAUGUACAUGGGAACUACUACUACUACUACUACUACUACUACCACCACCACCAUCACCACAACUACCUACUACUACUACUACUACAAUACUACUACUACUACUACUACUACUACUACUACUACUACGACUACCUACUACUACUACAAUACAAUACUACUACUACUACUACUACUACUACUACUACUACUACGGAAAAAAAUUGCUCUAGACGCUACGCACUUUUUUAUUUAAACUAGAUUAAUUAAAAUAGAAAUCGCCAUGGCACAUAUCAAACCGUCUUCUAAAUUGCUUAAUCAUGACACAUGAAUAGCAGUGUGAUCAUCAAAGUAAUUUGGUUGCUCGUGUUUUCGGAUACUAUAAUUCUGAUUUGGCAUCAGUCACCUAAUUUAUCGAUUAAAUAAUAAACUUACAAUGAUAAUUACGUAUACGUAUGUACAUUCGAUGCACAUUUAUUGUACUAAUGAUUCAUAUAUAACAUCAAUUUACACAGGAAUUUUCUUUACAAUAUAAAAGAAAUAAUGAAAAUACUAUUACUGGGGAACAAUAUUGAAUAACUAUUAAAAACACCAGAGAUAUUAGGAACUUGAAAGAUAAAUACAUUAGAAUCAUGCACCUUUAAUAUUCCCGUCUAAAUUGGUUGUUCAUAGGAGACGACUAGAAAACUCGAUGCUUGAAAUAUUUUCACAAUUUUCAAAACUUGAUUUGAAAAAUAAACGAAUAAAAAAUAAUAAUAAUAAAACAAUGUUAAUUGCAUUUUCAAAUGAAUUAAAACGUGACAAUCAGAUUAAGAAAAGAAUGCAUAAAAAACAUUUUAAUGAUUUAAACAUUCUAGUUAUUAUUCCGAUGUGAAGACAUCGAAUCAACGUGACGAUUAACCUUCGGCAAAUAUAUGUGAUAAAAUAAUACAUGGAAUAAUAUAUAAUGUUAAUGGUCUUAUGUUUAUGGAUUUUCGUGGACUGUCUUUACUGAUAUCGUAGUAGGUUGUCUCUUCGAACGCGGAUAAUUCAAUAUACAUUAAGACAUUAACCCUGACAACGUCUUUGUGAUCAUGUCGUACAAUAAUGGAAUAUCAUUUAUCGGAUUUUUUAAAUUUAUUUUCAUAGAUCUAUGCAACAAAAUACUAAUAUUCAACGCAUUUGCUUGACUAUACUUAUAUCAUUUUCCUGAUACUUACACUUUUGCAACAGAUCUUAUUAAUCGUAGUAAAACCUGUGAAUUUUCAUAACUUAAUAGUGUAGUUUGAUUUUUGUGAAACAAUUAAAACCUGAAAUCCGAAUUAGGUCUAUGUUGGUGAAUAUUACUAGGGUACAUGAAAGCGACUAUAACUAAAGGUUUCAUACUCACGAAACGAUGAUUUUUGUUCUGUAAAUGCUUAGACCAAUAAAAUAGCAAUACAGUAGUCAUUAUCGUAAAUAUCAUUGUAGAAGAUGCAUGUUUUACAAUUUAAACAAUGUUCACGAGAAGCCCACUUUACGUCGCGAGUUUGUCUUUAAAGGUAUUUUUUUUUUGAAAAUCUAUAUUGGCAUCACUUUCAACAACAUUAUGAGCAUUAAUUGUUUUCAAAGGGACGAUGACAACUGUACAAUAUCAAAUUAUUAUCGGCUCAUCUUCAGGAACUUCCGAGUCUACACAAAAAUUAAGUGUAAGGGAAUUUAGCAUUAACCUUCAUUUAUACACAAUUUAUAGCCAAUGUUUAGAUAUUAUAUUACACAUUAAAAUAAAUACUGAAAAUUUAAUCAAAUUAAAGUGUUAUUUAACCAGA